CGGUAGGAGUGGUCUAAUUUCUGACAAGUAUCAACGUUACACGUCCAUGCUUAAAUCUGAAAUGGUGCGGUCGGGUAAAUAAAUAGUGCAAUGCGUCGUAGUUCAUCUGAAUUGUAUUUGUUAAUCUAUAGUGUUAUGAUAUCGAUAUUUUCACCAUCAAUAUAUUCGUUGUGUUAGCUAUACAACAGCCAGUAUGUUGACCGGAUGCCUGAGAAAAGGAAGUAAAUCUACCAGGCUGAUGAUGGCACUCAUGCUCUUAGUACUGAGUUGUCAAUUCGUCCAUGUUCUCAGCGAAAAAUCUUCCUCUGCGUUGACUGUUGUGGAGAGCACUGAGACCAGCCUGGAUGAUGAGGAUGCGCACCACAUGGAGGAAGAGCCCGAUCCUGAGGAUUUGGAUGUGUUCCGUCCCACGGACCAGUGGCAGUCUCUCAAACCAGGCCAGGCAGUCCCAAGGGGCUCUCACGUAAGGCUCAACCUCCAGACAAGCCAGAGGGAGGUCAAACUUGGGGAACAUCAGAUUCUCAAAUACCAGAUCGAUGGACAAAGACAGGGGAAGGAGAACACACCGGGCCCAUCCUUCAAUGCUGAGGAGCUGAAGAAGGCUCUGAAAAAUAUAAAAGAAGGAGUGGAUCCUGAAACUAGUGACAAAGAAAAAGAAGAGAAGGAGGCUCUCAGAGCCCAGUUUCGUCCCAUGGAGGAGCUGAAAAGAGACAUGGCCAAACUGGACAUGCUGAUGGAGUCAGACUUCCAGGUUAUUAGCAGACUGAUGUCCCAAUUCAACAGCUCAAACACCACUGUGGAGGAGAAGAUAAAAGCUUUACAUGACCUAGAGUACCUUGUUCAUCAGGUGGACAAUGCCCAGAACUUGGCAUCUAGGGGAGGAUUGAAGCUUGUGGUUGAUGCUUUGAACAGCACAGACUAUCGCCUUCAGGAGAGUGCUGCUUUUGUCUUGGGGUCAGCUCUGUCAAGUAACCCGGUGGUGCAGGUGGAGGCGGUUGAGAGUGGUACUCUGCAGAAGCUGUUAAUGUUACUCGCCACACCACGACCCAUGUCUGUUAAAAAGAAGGCGUUGUUUGCUGUGGCCUCUUUGCUACGUCACUUCCCCUUUGCCCAAAGCCACUUCCUGAGGCUGGGUGGGCUGCAGGUGUUGGGGGAUCUUUUCCGAGCUUCCGAAGGUGGGGCCCUCCGUGUGAGGAUUGUAACCAUACUCUAUGACAUGAUCAAUGAGAAGGAGCUGAUUUCUCAGACUGGACUUGACCCCAUUCCGGAUGCUUCUCACAACGAGCGGUUGCGGCAGUAUGCACAGGUCUCCCUCAUGCCACUGUUGGCAGAGCAGGGCUGGUGCAGCCUGGUGCCUGAACUGUUGGCCUCCCCAGAGCACGACUGGAAGGAGAAGGCCCUGAGAACUAUCCUGGCCAUGAUGCCUCACUGCCAGACUCAGUAUCGGCAGGACUACACCCUGUCUUCCUCCCUCCACACCCUACAGGAGCAGUACCAGGAACUGGUGCUCUCAGAGCAGGUCCUCGGAGACGAGGAUGGGUACUUUGGGGAGAUCCUGGCUCUGUUGGAGACAGUGCUGCUGAAACUGAAGUGAGCAUAGGGCUGGGUGGAGAAACCCCAUCAAAGGACAAUAAAGUCUGCAGCUCUGUAAUGUAACAUUUUUAUUUAGAUACUGUGAAAUAUGAUCACACAUCUGCAAAUCAGAAGGUUGCCUUUUUCAGUUGCUGCCUCAGAGGGCUUAGCCUUCCUUACAGCUUUUUUUUCUGCAUCUGUGAUGCCUCAUGCUUUGCCUUGUCUCAAUAAGGCUCUCCAGUCCUCCCUGAGGAAUACAUUUAGCUGGGCUAAAUUUCAUUUUCCCUUAUGACAUGUUUCUUAUUCACAGUGUGCUCUAUCGAUCUUCUUGUUGGAUUGCCCUCUAAUGUGAGACUGGUGCGCCUGUGGGUGGCGGGUAGAGCAUUGGGUUAGUAACCGAAAUGUUGCUAGUUCGACUCCCCGAGCCGACUAAUUGUGAAAGUUGUCGAUCUGCCCUUGAGCAAGGCACUUAACCCUAAUUUGUACAGGGUUGGCUGAUCCCAGGUCGUGACCCCUCUCUGCAGGUGUCUCGGGGGGAAGUGGGAUAUGCAACAAAAACAUUUCCAUUUCACACCACAUACUUUUACAAGUUAUGUACUUGUACAUGUGUGACAAUUAUAAGCACCCACUAUUUAUCCUGCUGCUAACAGUAAUGAAAUCAGAACUAUUGAACAAAAAUAUAAACUUAACAAUUAAUUCAUAAAAGGAAACCAGUCAAUUUAAAUAAAUUAAUUAGGCCCUGAUAUGGAUUUCACAUGACUGGGUAGGGGCGCAGCCUUGACAGGGCAUAGGCCCACCCAUUUGGGAGCCAGGCUAACACACUGGGGAGCCAGGCCCAGCCAAACAUAAUUAGUUUUUCAACACAAAAGGGAUUUAUUACAGACAGAAAUACUUUGUCUGUUUCAUCGGCUGUCCGAGUCGCUGGGAUCAUACGAUCCCGCAGGUGAAGAAGAAGGAUGUGGAGGUCCUGGUUACACAUGGUCUGCGGUUGUGUGGCUGGUUGGAUAUUCUGCCAAAUUCUCUAAAAUUAAGUUGGAAAUGGCUUAUUGUAGAGAAAUUAACAUUAAACUCUCUGGCAACAACUCUGGUGGACAUUCCUGCAGUCAGCAUGCCAACUGCACGCUCCCUUAACCUGACAUCUGUGGCAUUGUGUUGUGUGACAACUGCAGAUUUAGAGUGCCCCUUUUAUUGUCCCUAGCUCAAGGUGCACCUGUGUAAUAAUCAUGCUGUUUAAUCAGCUUCUUGACAUGCCUCACCUGUAAAGUGGAUGGAUUAUUUUGACAAAGGAGAAAUGCUCACUAACAGGGAUAGAAACAAAUGUGUGCGCAAAAUUAGAGAGAAAUACGCUUUGUGUGUGUAUGGAACAUUUCUGGGAUCUUUUAUUUCAGCUCAUGAAACAUAAAUGCAACAUGUAAAGUGGUGGUCCCAUAUUUUUGUUCAAUAUACUUCCAUAAUAUUCUAUUAGUUUUCAUAAGAGAAGAGACUACAUUUUCAUGCUUCAUAAUUUUAUUAGUCUACAGAUUUCGAAAGCUGGUGUCCAGUGAUACUCCUCCUUCCUCUGGAUCAUUCCAGCAGGACAGGUGUCCAGAGAGACUUCUUGUUAUGCCUCACACACUCCUCCAUGCUUGACCAGGACUUGCUUGUGUUUAAGCCUGUGAAAAAUAGGUGUUCUGUUAACAAUUUAAAAUGGAAGGUUCAAAUAUGGCACCUUCAAUUCAAAGGUGCAUGAUUGAAUGUAAAAUGCAGAACAGAAACCUCAAGGAUUGUUCAGUAUAAUAUUGAGUUUACAUCUCCCAAAUACACACUUUAUUCUAAUAAUUUGAGAUGUCUUUUAUUUGAAACUUUUUGGGGGUACAGAUCAGCUUUACAUUGCAGAUUGUAGCUUCCAUCAAUGUAAUUGUCUGUAUCAUUUCCAAUCUCCCAUACAUAUACAUAUAUAUAUAUAUAGAUAGAUAUAUACAGUGCCUUGCGAAAGUAUUCGGCCCCCUUAAACUUUGCGACCUUUUGCCACAUUUCAGGCUUCAAACAUAAAGAUAUAAAACUGUAUUUUUUUUGUGAAGAAUCAACAAGUGGGACACAAUCAUGAAGUGGAAUGACAUUUAUUGGAUAUUUCAAACUUUUUUAACAAAUGAAAAACUGAAAGAUUGGGCGUGCAAAAUUAUUCAGCCCCCUUAAGUUAAUACUUUGUAGCGCCACCUUUUGCUGCGAUUACAGCUGUAAGUCGCUUGGGGUAUGUCUCUAUCAGUUUUGCACAUCGAGAGACUGAAUUUUUUUCCCAUUCCUCCUUGCAAAACAGCUUGAGCUCAGUGAGGUUGGAUGGAGAGCAUUUGUGAACAGCAGUUUUCAGUUCUUUCCACAGAUUCUCAAUUGGAUUCAGGUCUGGACUUUGACUUGGCCAUUCUAACACCUGGAUAUGUUUAUUUUUGAACCAUUCCAUUGUAGAUUUUGCUUUAUGUUUUGGAUCAUUGUCUUGUUGGAAGACAAAUCUCCGUCCCAGUCUCAGGUCUUUUGCAGACUCCAUCAGGUUUUCUUCCAGAAUGGUCCUGUAUUUGGAAUCUUCCCAUCAAUUUUAACCAUCUUCCCUGUCCCUGCUGAAGAAAAGCAGGCCCAAACCAUGAUGCUGCCACCACCAUGUUUGACAGUGGGAAUGGUGUGUUCAGGGUGAUGAGCUGUGUUGCUUUUACGCCAAACAUAACGUUUUGCAUUGUUGCCAAAAAGUUCAAUUUUGGUUUCAUCUGACCAGAGCACCUUCUUCCACAUGUUUGGUGUGUCUCCCAGGUGGCUUGUGGCAAACUUUAAACGACACUUGUUAUGGAUAUCUUUAAGAAAUGGCUUUCUUCUUGCCACUCUUCCAUAAAGGCCAGAUUUGUGCAAUAUACGACUGAUUGUUGUCCUAUGGACAGAGUCUCCCACCUCAGCUGUAGAUCUCUGCAGUUCAUCCAGAGUGAUCAUGGGCCUCUUGGCUGCAUCUCUGAUCAGUCUUCUCCUUGUAUGAGCUGAAAGUUUAGAGGGACGGCCAGGUCUUGGUAGAUUUGCAGUGGUCUGAUACUCCUUCCAUUUCAAUAUUAUCGCUUGCACAGUGCUCCUUGGGAUGUUUAAAGCUUGGGAACUCUUUUUGUAUCCAAAUCCGGCUUUAAACUUCUUCACAACAGUAUCUCGGACCUGCCUGGUGUGUUCCUUGUUCUUCAUUAUGCUUUUAACGGACCUCUGAGACUAUCACAGUGCAGGUGCAUUUAUACGGAGACUUGAUUACACACAGGUGGAUUGUAUUUAUCAUAAUUAGUCAUUUAGGUCAACAUUGGAUCAUUCAGAGAUCCUCACUGAACUUCUGGAGAGAGUUUGCUGCACUGAAAGUAAAGGGGCUGAAUAAUUUUGCACGCCCAAUUUUUCAGUUUUUGAUUUGUUAAAAAAGUUUGAAAUAUCCAAUAAAUGUCGUUCCACUUCA